UUGUAUAAUUCGUACGUUUAGUGUAUAAUGGUGAACCAUAUGUUUAUAUAAUGAGGAAUAGUGGUGUUACCGUGACGAGUGUUUUCUUUGGAAGGCUCCGUGAUUGUUUGGGCUCGUUUUUUCUUGUGACAUGUUGUUGGUGGCGAUCGAACAAAGUAUCAGCGGUGACGCAAACCCGGCAAAUACAUGUCGGUGUCGAGGAAGAAGAUGGAAAGAGGAAGCAUAACAAGAUCAAAACUUCCAAGUACACCUUCCUCAUGUUUAUACCGAAGAACUUGUCGGAGCAGUUUCGGAGAGUGGUCAACUUUUAUUUUUUAAUUGUGACCGUCAUCGCUAUUGUCAUAGACAGUCCCGUAUCUCCGUUUACCAGCAUCGCGCCUUUAAGCUUCAUGGUUCUAGUGACGGCUGUCAAGCAGGGCUACGAGGACUGGCUCCGGCAUAAAGCAGACAAUAAAGUUAACAAUCAAAUCGUGGAAACAGUCCACAAAGGUGUAAUAAAAGAAGUACGGAAUUCUUCAAUCGCACCUGGAACGCUAGUUCGCGUGAAACGCGGUAGAGAAGUACCUGCUGAUCUGGUGCUUCUGUGCGCAGCUGGCGAAAAGGGAAAAUGUUACGUCACCACCGCCAAUUUGGAUGGCGAGACAAAUCUAAAGACUGUGAGGGUCCCACCCCCAUUUGUAGGAUAUACAGCCGAUAUCAUACCGAACGGCAUGCGUAUAGAGGUCCCACAUCCGAUAGCAGAUCUAUACACGUUUUAUGGACGUCUUGAGAUACCCGGCUUAGACAGCCUGGCUCUGUCGACGGAUAACAUAAUGUUAAGAGGAUCCAGGGUUAAAAACACCGAAUGGGCGAUUGGUUGCGCCGUUUAUACAGGAGAAGAGACGAAACUCGCUCUCAACUCAAAGUACUCAGGUAAUAAGUUCUCAUCGAGUGAAGCGGCAGUCAACAGAUUCCUAAUACUGUUCAUCUACCUUCUUAUCAUAGAGAUAACAGGAUCAUUUGUUGCCAAGGUCGUGAUAGAGAAGUUAAACCCGGGACGGAACGAGUCUCUAGGAAUGGAAUCAACAUUUUCUCUGAGCUUUUCGAGUAUUUUACAGGAUUUGUUUUCGUUCUUGCUUCUUUAUUACUACAUCAUACCAAUGUCCUUGUACGUCACGAUUGAAUUGUACAAAUUUAUCGGUGCGCUGUUUAUCGGAUGGGAUGACGACCUUCGAUGUGAGGAAACUGGAAGACCAGCGAUAGCGAACACGUCUGAUCUAAACGAAGAAUUGGGUCAAGUGGAAGUGUUAUUCUCAGAUAAAACAGGAACUCUAACUAAGAAUCUCAUGGUGUUCAAAGCGUGUUCCAUCAAGGGUCAAAUUUAUGAGGAAAGAGAUUCAAAGUUGUACGACACGGAGCGGUUCGACGAGCCUUUAGACACAUUUCAGACAGACAUUAGAUUUUUCUUCACAAUCCUCGCUCUAUGUCACUCGGUACAAGUGUCCAGUGAAGAUAUGAAAAAAUUAAGCGCAAGGUUCUCUGGUAAUGAGAAUUUACAAAUUAUGAAUAUAUUCCGAAGAAAGAAACAAAACAAAUUAAACAAUAAAAGCGUACUUGAGGACAUGACGUGGAAUGCGAUCAUGCACGAUAUCGGUAGUAAAAUGGACUAUCAGGGCAGCAGCCCAGACGAGAAGGCUCUCGUCGAAGUAGCGGACAGAGUUGGCGUUACUUUCUUAGGGGAAGAAGGGAAUACUUUAAUGCUCAGGAUUGGAGAAAAUACUGAACUGUAUGAAAGAUUGCAAGUUAUAGAAUUUACGUCGGAGAGAAAAAGAAUGUCGGUCAUUGUCAGAGACAAGAAUGGGAAGAUAUGGUUGUUUUGCAAGGGUGCUGAGACAUCAGUUUUUCCGAUUUGUAAAGACACUGCUCUCAUAGAUGAGACUGAUAGAGAUAUAAAUAUUUUUGCAAACAAAGGUUUAAGAACGUUAGCGAUAGCAUACAGAGAAAUACCAGAGGAUGAAUACGAAAGGGUAUCUGAAUCGAUCAAAAGUAUAGAUGGCAAAAGCGCAGAGGCGCUACAGCAGGUUACGCAGCAGUACCGCGUGCUGGAGCAACAGCUGACCCUGGUGGGUGCAACGGCGGUGGAGGACUGUCUGCAGGACGGCGUCGCCGACGCACUCGCCGCGCUGCGCCGCGCCGGCAUACGCACCUGGGUGCUCACCGGAGACAAGGUAGAAACAGCGAUAAACGUCGCCCAAUCUUGUGCACACAUUUCCGAAAAUGAUAGACGAAUGUUUCUCGUGAAUAUAGAUAAUGAGGAAGCAUUGGAGGCUAAUUUAAAUAUCUGUCAGCGAACAUUACAGGAACCAAGUUACAGAGAUUUUACGCUGAUAGUCGACGGUAUGAGUAUGAGUUGCAUCCUGGAUAAACCGUUCGCGAGUACCUUUGUUGACAUAUCUAUGAAGUGUGACGCGGUGCUGUGCUGUCGACUGUCACCCAUACAAAAAGCGAAAAUAGUUAAAUUAAUAAAACAAAGUCCAGAACGACCUAUAACAGCCGCGAUAGGAGAUGGCGCGAAUGAUAUCUCCAUGAUACAGGAGGCGCAUGUCGGCUUUGGAAUUUUCGGAAAAGAAGGCCACCAAGCUGCAAGAUCAGCGGACUUUGCAUUUACCAAAUUCGCGAUGAUUAAGAAAAUGUUAUUGGUUAUGGGACACUGGUACUAUCAGCGGCUCGCUACACUCAUACACUUCUUCUUUUACAAGAAUCUAGUCCUUGGAAAUAUUAUGCUAAUUUUCCAAUCCAAUUCAGCUUUUUCAACACAAUCGAUAUUUGACUCAUUGUAUCUCACAUUCUACAACCUCCUAUUUACGUCAGUUCCUUGCCUCAUACUCUCGGUCACUGACCAGAGGUGGCCAGCGGAUCUUCUUAUGAAAAAUCCAACAUUGUACAGAGAAAUAAGAAGAAAUAAACUGUUAUCAUGGUCCCACUUCUGUGCGUGGUUUCUGUCAGCGCUCUACCAUUCUCUAGUCAUUUAUUACUUCUCGAAGGAGUUGUUCGAUACGUCCCUAAUAAGCAUGGAUGGGAAAACUGUCGAUUUAUGGUCGUUCGGCGCCUGCCUGUUCCACCUGAUGAUGGUGGUCGUGACGCUGAAGCUGAGCCUGCAGGCGCGCUACCACACGCUCGUGUACGCGGCCUCGGCGCUGCUCUCCGUGCUCCUCUACGUCGCUUUCAACGCCGUUUACUCUCUGCUUCAUGACAUGCAAGUCGAUGGCGACGUUUUAGGCACCUAUAUUAGACUUUUGAGUUCGCCCUCCUUCGCUUUCUUAAAUAUAGUCGUUAUGAUUUGCACACUCGCACCGGACUUCUGCGUUCGGCUCAUCGCAGACAAGUGGGGCGGACGAAAUAUUCAAACCAAAACUCAGAAUCAAUCUAUAUUUUCGACUAGACUUUAAGAUAUCAUUAUAACAUAAUAAUAUAAAUGGUUACUUAAAUAUAAAUGAAAUUGUAGUGAUGCAAUAAA